AUGGCUGCUGCUAUGGUGGGAGGGGCAUUACUCUCUACUUAUGUUCAGGUGUUGUUGGAUAAGAUCAUUUCCAAUGAGUUCUUGGACUUCUUUAGGAGAAGGAAGCUUAAUGUUACACUUCUUGGAAAGAUGCAGAUGAAUUUAAAGACAAAAGAAGAAGAUGCACCUCAGUGUCUGACAUUUCUUCAAGGUUUCUACAUUCUAGAAUGUCCUGAAUUUGAAUCGUUUCCUCAUCUUGGAUUGCCAACUCCUAAGCUCAGACGUUUUUGGGUGUCAUAUUGCAACAUGCUUAAUUCACUACUAGAACCAGUUAAUGCUCUUGUUGGCCUUCAAGAAUUGACAGUUCUUAACCUCCCAAUUACAAAGAAUAUUAUAAAGAUGAGGAUAUGGAAGAGGGCGGCCGGAGCUCUCAAGGACAAUUACAGCAUUUUGGUGGCGAAAUUCUCGCCGCACGGCCACCCAGAUCUGGAGAGAGUGGUGAUAAAGGCGACGAGCCAUAACGAGCAAUGUAUGGAUUACAAGAGCAUACAGAGGGUGUUCCAAUGGCUGCGAAGCUCGCCAUUGUACCUGAAACCUCUUCUCUACACAUUGUCAACGAGGAUGGAAAAGACUCAUAGCUGGGUUGUCGCCAUUAAAGGACUAAUGCUCAUCCAUGGCGUGUUCUGUUUCGACCUUCCAACCGUUCAAAUGCUAAGAAGGCUUCCAUUUGAUAUGACACACUUUAGCGACGGUCACUUAAACCCCGAAAAAGCGUGGGGAUACAACGCUUUCAUCCGUGCCUAUUACAGUUACUUGGAUCUCAAGUCAUCGUAUGUUUGCGCUCAGGCGGCGAGGAAGCGGAAGCCGGGGAAGAAAACGGAGGAGACUCUGGCGGAGGAGUUACAGAAUUUAGAGAAACUUCAAGGUUUGAUCGACGCGAUCCUUCAUGUGAAGCCGCGAAAUCCUUCCAUGCACGUUGUGCUUGUUCUUGAAGCCAUGGAUUGCGUCAUCGACGAGGUUCUUGAAGUCUAUGAUAGCUACUGCAAGGGAAUGGAGAGAGUGAUUCUAAAAAUUUUUGAUAUGGGAGGAACGGUUGAAGCCGGAACCGCGCUUCGGAUAAUCGAGAAAGGCGAAAUGCAAGGCGAUAAACUCGCCUUGUAUUUCGAAUUCUGCAGGGAAAUUGGGGUUCUUAAUGUUUCUGAUUCUCCCAAGAUCUUGAGGGUGGCUGAGAAAGAUGUAAAAGAAUUGAAAGGAAUAAUUGAUGGUGUGAAUGAGAAGAAGAAGAAGGAUAAGAACAUGGAUGAAGAAGAUGAAGAUGAUGAUGUUGUUAAGAAGAUGAAUGAAGAGAUGGCAAUUGUUGUUAGAGAGAAUGAUUUCUUGAUGAAGAAGACAGUGAUUACUGAUCAGUGGGAAGUGUUUGAUGAUGACGUGGCAUUUGAUCAAAUGAGCAGUGCUGUUGUUGUUGCUGCUGCUGCUACUAAUAAUUAUAAUCCAUUUUUGGAACUGGAUUCUUCUUAUAAUAGCAUUGUGCCUUAUAAUCCUCAUCAACAUCAUGUUCUUCCAGAUCUAAUAAGUUUUUAA